AUGGUUGACCUCAAGGAAGAAUUGGUGCCAUUAAUGGUGGCACUUUGCAUGACGUUCCCGUCGGUAUACGCAGUCACCGAAGAUGUUCUAUGGGUCAACUACCAUAUCCACAUAACCAACGAUUUGCCGACGUCGGAAUCGGAAUCUAGCAAGCCGUCAUUGUAUCUGCAUUGUAAGUCUAAAAACAAAGACCUUGGUGAGAAAGGCAUGGUUCAGCAUGAGGAUUACACAUGGGAUACAAAAAUAAACGUGUUCAGGACCACCCUGUUCUUCUGCCAUGCAGUGUGGGUGAAUCAUAAGGAGAGGUAUUUUGUGGCUUUCAAGGCCACACGAGAUGAAGAUCGGUGCAUGGUUUAUCAUUUUUCUUGCUUGUGGUCGGUCAAGGAGGAUGGGAUUUAUUUUAGCAAUGAUCAGCUUACUUGGACUAAUGCUUACCCAUGGUAG